ACCUUCUAACCUUCUAACAUCUCUACUACCCAAGUGGAGCUAAUUCCUUCCACUUGGCUGUCACUACAACCAGCGGCCAUUCGUCCACUUGACAUGCUGUGCUUCGUCUUGGUGCUGUCACCAGCUGGUCUUAUGAUGCUGGCACUACUUGCCCUCUUAGAUUUUCGAUGCUUUUCACUUGUCUUUGCAGCAGAGUUUUGGGCACACUGUGCCCCUUUUAUGUUUAACGCUUCGGGAUAUAGUUCUGUCUCAGUCUAACGAAUCAGUCCAGAAUCAUCAUUCGUGUCAUCGACUUCAGAUGGUAGCUUGUUUCCCUCUUGGAUAUGAGUCCUACGGCCUCUUGGAUGUGAACGCCCAAGGGACUGCUUCAAUAUCUGCACAUCCACGGAGACGAUGGCUUACUACAUCUAUAGGUUAUAAUGGCUCUUAUAGAGCGAAUGAGUAUACUUGGAAUUAGGAGUUUCGGACAAGAAGCACCUCAGAAAAUUGAAUUUUUCACACCGGUCACCCUAAUCCUUGGUCAAAAUGGAACAGGAAAAACGACUGUCAUAGAAUGUCUGAAGUACUCAGCAACUGGAGAAUUGCCUCCUGGGUCCAAAACAGGAUGUUCUUUUAUCCAUGAUCCUCGGAUAGCACAAGAAUGUGAGGUGAAAGCUAAAAUUACACUUCAAAUUAGAGAUGUCAAAGGUUGUCCCAUGGUUGUUUCACGUGCACUUAUGGCGACGCAAAGAGAUAAAGCAAAACAAGGAACUUUAAAGACUCUUGAUGGGUCAAUAAAACGUCAGCACCCAGAUGGACGUGUUACGAGUGCCAGUCUACGAUGUGCAGAUCUAGAUCAAGAAAUGGUGUCAAGUUUGGGAGUAUCAAAAGCUGUUCUUGAAAAUGUAAUUUUCUGCCAUCAAGAAGACUCUAACUGGCCUUUACAAGAAGCAAAAGCAGUGAAGCAACGUUUUGACGAUUUAUUCGCAUCUUCGCGUUACGUGAAAGCGUUGGACGCAAUUAGAAAGUGCAAGCAGGACAACGAUGGUAAUGUCAAAUUAUACAAGACUGAAUUAAAACACUUGACAAAAAGUCGGGAUGAAGCUUCUAAACUUCGAUGUGAACGUGAAGAAACGCUUCAUUUAAUAGAAGAGCAAGAAAAAAAUUUAGAAGAAAUGUCCGCUAAGCUGCAGCCCGUUGUUGAACAACUCAAUCGCUAUAAAAAAUGCUAUGCAGAACUCACACACUUACAGGCUGAAAUUAAAUCUUGCGAAACUGAACGUGCUCAUUUAACGGAUGCUAUCGCGAACCUUUUGAUGAAUGUACAUGAUGAAUUUAAAGGCAGUGAUGAAGAGCUAAAGCAUCUGGUUGAAGACGCUGAAACAGAGUAUACAAAGAAAAUUCUUCAGCUUAAUCAGCUUGAAGAUAUGCUUCAAAAAAAGCGUAAAGAGUUGAAUGCUUUGGAAAGUGAUAGAACUAAAAGCAUAGUUGAACGAGCACAAAUUGAGAUGGAAGUUAAACGUUUAAGCGAAACAAUAACCAGUCGUAAUAUGAUUUUAGCAUCACUUGUUUCUCAUUACAUACCUGAGGAUAGAUAUAAAGGCGUUAAACAGUUCAAUGAUACAGAUGUUCAGUAUAUUGCCGACCAUAUCGAGGGGUUACUUCAUGAAUCUGAAAAUCAGCUAGCAGAAGUCAAGCUUAUAUCAGCAAAUGAAGAAAGAAAAGUUCAAGCGGAUAUUGAUAUGGCUAGGGACGAAUUGGCUGGUGUGAAACAGAAAAUAGAAACAACAAAACUUCAUUUUAAUCAAAACAACCAUGAAGUAACCGUCGUUAAAAAACGCUUGGAAAAUGAACACACUUUAAAUAAACGUCUUGAAGAAAUCAAGGAUGAAUUUCACAAAGCUGAAAUCGCCGUCAAUGAUUUAGAUAUCGAUGAUGAGUUGGACAGUUUACAUCACUUAAUAACAGAAUCCUUUGCAGAAAAGAGAAGAAUAGAAAGCUCCAUCAGUUCCUUAGACGACAGAAUCGCAACAUUUCAGAAGAAUGUCAGUAAGUAUCUUGAACUUGAGGCAAUGCUAAAAGAACGAGCAAAUAAACUUGAAAGCAUCCGUAAAAUAUACAGUCGUCAUUCCGAAGCAUUAGAACAGAUAUUCGCUGGCUCUGCGAUACCUGCAGUAACGACAGAAAAAUCACUUCAAGAACUAGCUGUUAUUGAUAACCUUGGAUCGUUUUUCAACAAUAAAACACGUUUAAGGAAUGUAUUUUCUGAACGACUCAAUGAAAUAGAGCAGUCAACUAGAGAGACACGAAAACAAUUGGCUAAACUUGAACAAGAACGUUCAUCGCUUGAAGCUAGUUCAAAAUUCACAAGAAAUCAUCUUCAAGAAAAACGUGAUCAAUUAAAAGUAUUAGAAGAAAAGUUGUUGUCUGUACCCGGAGCUGAUGAACUAGAACAAACUGUGACUAAUCUUCAACAAAGACGUGCUUUAUUAGAAGAGGAAUGCGCAAAUGAACAAGGAAGUGUAUUUUUAUGGCGUAAAUUCCGUGAUCGACUAUGUCGUAUGGAUUCUGACUGUCCAGUUUGUCAUCGAUGUUUUGAUAAUGACACUGAACGUAAUGAGUUGUUAAGUGAAAUUGAUAACCGAAUUCAGUCGGUGCCUACUGAAUCACAGCGUAAGAAACAAGAACUUGAAGAUAUAGUCUCUCAUCUUGAAUCGCUAGUUGAAUUACGUCCAGUCAGUACGGAGAUUCUAAAUUUGAAACAAAAAGAACUGCCCGCUGUAGAAUCGAAAAUGAAAUCUGUAUUGGAUAAUCUCGCCAGUGUACGCAGUCAAAGAGACAAGACAGCUGCUCUCCUUGAAACUUGUCAAGCAGAUGAAUUCUUAGCGAAAACUAUGCAAGGUGAUAUGGCUAUAUUGGAACGCUUAGAAAAUGAAUCUUUUGAACUAACACUGAAAAUUAAUUCUUUCAGAACUGAGUUCACAGACUGUGUGACAAAUGAUUCUCAAUCGAUUGAAGUUUUACAAGAGGAGAGAAAAACUUUACGUGAAAAACUACGUACAUCUUCUGAUGUAAUUGAUCAAAAACAAAAACGUGUUGAUCAACUGAAUCAAGCUAAGCAUCAAGCUGUUAGUGAAAUGCACAGACUGAAAGAUGAAAUGCAUAAGUUAGAGCAAGAAAAUUUGGAUAAUAUUCGACUGAGAGAUGAACUAUCGCGUUUAACCAGUGACUGUGAAACUCUUAAAACUGAACUACAUGAAUUAGAAGCUAACCAACUCCCGAAUGUUCAUCGUCAUUGGACUGAAGCAUGCACUGAACGUAAUCGCCUUAUCAAGAAACAUGAACAGACUAUAGAACAAGCCACUGCAAAAGUAAAUGAAAUUCAUGAGCGACUGAAAAAUUUAACUGAGGUGUGCAAUUCGGUCAGAAACGCAUCCAUUUCUCAACCCACAAACAGAUUAAAGGAUAUUGAAGAAAGUGUAGGAAAACUCGAAACCAAGUUAUGCUGUGUCAGAUCUGAAGUGGAUACCUGCAGUGAAAAUAUAGAAUUUCUAAAGAAACAAAUCAAUGAGCACAAAGUGCGUCAACGAGAAUUGGCUGAUUGUAUUCAGCUUCGUCACCUCCGUUGUCAGCUUACCUCACUAACACAACGCACAGAAUCUCUUAUACAAAAUCAGAAGGACUGCAAUAAUUUCCCUGGAUCUGAUCAAGAUUUGAUCAAAGAAACAAAACGUUUAUCACUAGAGGAAGAAAAACUGCAUUCACUUAAACAGGAUGUAUCUAACCAGUUGAGUGAAUUGAAAGCAAAACUGCAUUACCUCAAUCGUGAUUUAAAUGAAAAAUACGCCAGUGCUGACAGUGAAUACCGCGAUAUGAUGUACAUGCUUAAGACUUCAGAAUUGGCGUGUACAGAUUUGGAACGCUAUUAUAAAGCUCUUGACAGAGCUAUAAUGUCGUAUCAUGCUGUUAAAAUGGCUGAUUUGAAUAAAAUUAUCCGCGAAUUAUGGAGGAGCACAUAUCGCGGCAAUGGUUAGUUCUUUUGCAAUAUAUAAUCUCCACUUAAUCUGAAUAAAAUGAGAACUAAUUAAUUAAAAUACUAUUAGUGAAUUCCAAAACAUCACAUUAUAGUAAGAAUAAGUAAAAAGAGUAAGGAAGUAUAAAAUUAGGGCUUAAGGAAAGUAUCAUUUCACAGUAAAUGUAAAAAGGGAAUGAACUAAUGGGUUCAAAUGUUUGUUUCUACUCUGAAAUAAGUGAUAUUUUUCCUCUCUCUUUCACUUAACAUUUCUUAUAGGAUAAUGAAUUUCUAAGCAUACUACUAUUAUCCUAAAGAUUUUCAUUAAUAUCUUAUUCAAUAUUGGAUACAAUUAUACAGCUUCUCAAAGUAGUUUAUCGAAAGAAAAAAAUUUCUUAAAUUCUGAGGUUUUAAUUAUUUUUAACUAUAAAAUACGUUUUAACACUUUGUGAUAAUCACUGAAACUUGUGAGUACAUUACCUUGGGAAACUACUUCGCUAACAAAUACUCAUGUAUUUGGCUUCAUUUCGUGUGGACAUUAAUUUUCGCUUUAAACUCGCUGCUAUUCUAAAUAUUACGUUUCUUACAUUGAUAGCUUAAAUGUCUGUGUUUCUGCACUUAUGUUUCUUCCGGUGUUAGUUUUGGUGAUAUUAAUAUUCGUAUUCAUCAUCACCAAUAACUUCUCAUCAAGCAAAAACUCAAUAGUGGGACUAGGAAACUGAGUGUUUGUAGCAUUCACUUUAACCAUUAUGAUUAAACGUGCAUCUUCACUUUCACUUCAGUAAGCAUAAAACAUACUCAUUAUUCUUUAAUUUUAAUAAUUAUAGUAUUUUAUUCUAUUAAUUGCCGGCUGUAUCAGAAAAAACUAUUCUCAUAGUCAAUGCUGAACAGAAGAUUUAUGUAUGAAACAUUAAAUCAAUUUACCGAAACGGAGAAAGCAUCACAAACCAUAAGUCUCUUCACUUAUCAUUUGUAACGUCAUUCAAGGACUUUAGAAAAAACACUAAGAGAAGUAAUUUGUUCGAAAAUUAUAGAUACGUCUUAUUGUUUUGUUUUCCGAAAUUCAUGAAGAGAAAUAACUGCUUUAAAAUUCAUUGACUGGCCAGUAAAAAAUAUAUGGUAGUUUGAAUAAUGUAUCCUGUAAUUUUACUUUGCCUUUUAGAUAUAGAUUAUAUCGAGAUAUGUAGCGAGGAAGAUACCAGUGCAGCUUCCAAUGUUAGCAGAACACGGAGAACUUACAAUUACCGUGUUGUAAUGGUAAAGACAAGUGCUUCAGCUUGCCGACCGAAGUCAAAAGACACUAGUGCAUACCACGGUGAAGCUCGUUUAGAUAUGCGUGGUCGGUGUUCAGCUGGGCAGAAAGUACUUGCUAGUCUAAUUAUCCGUCUAGCUUUGGCUGAGGUCUUUUGUCUACACUGUGGAGUGCUUGCACUUGACGAACCAACUACAAACCUGGACAGAGAAAAUAUCGAAAGUCUAGCCUACGCUUUAGUAGAAAUCAUAAAAAAUAGAAGACGUCAAAAGAACUUUCAACUAAUUGUUAUCACACAUGAUGCUGAUUUCGUUGAGUUACUGGGUAGAUCAGAUUAUGUGGAAAACUUUUUCCUGUUGUCUCGUGACGCACAUAUCCUGCUGCUGAGUCUACUCUUCUAUCUACCUUCUAUUCGAGGUCGAACAACCCCACACUUAAAACUGAAAUGAAUUUGGACUCCAGACCAUUUAACUCAUAACCACCCUAAUUCCAUGAAUUAUCCCAUUUGAAAACGCUGGCCAACAUUCUGUACAAGGAGUAUUCUUGAUCUGAAAUAAAGAAGCAACUGGUUUUCAAACAGUUUUCAAUGUAUUGCUCAACUUACGCGUACAGUCUGCCAUGCUGACACGAAUGGCGCCAAUGGAUAGUUCUAGAAUCGACCUCGGCCCUAUUCCAUGCAGUAAAACAAUCCAAAAUGACCUUAUCCAGUUUUUGUAUCCAAAAUCAAAUUUUUUUCCCAUUAUAAAACUACGACAAGACUGCUGAAAAAAUGGAAUAAAUAUAUCACUGACCUCAACAUAAUACAUCAAUAAAAAUUUAAGUCAAGGAUGGUGUUCACAACAAAGUUAUAUAGUAAAAUUGACUUCAAGCUUUAUUAUUCCCAGAUAUUUGUAUUACACUCAUCUGAUAUCUGGGUUUUUUGUUAAUGCGAAGACAAUAUUUCUAUCUCUUUAUGUGUUACACAGACAGACUAUUUUGCAGACUCUUCCGACUGACUCUAAUGUUAGCAUACAUAGAAAUAUGUGUAAUUUAUAUGAUAACUUAUCUAUGCCUGUAUAAUUUGCAUGUUCUAGAACAGCUUUGAAGUGCUGAGGAGACGAAUGAAAGUAUUUGAUGCCUUUAUGCAAGUGCUGUCUUUGCAAAAGGAGUGAAUUAUUUAAACUCUUCUGCCCAAUUUAAAGCUCAGUUACUUAGUAAUUCCUUCAGUUUUUAUCUUCAAACUAAAACUUCCCUUUGUUUUGAAGUCGUUUUCUGUAAAACACCUGUUUCACGUUUUACUUACCUCUUUUGCCGGUUCUUACCUCUCUUACAAUUUAAUCUCAAUAACGUUCCCUUAGUGUGUCUUUUUAAAUGACAGCUGGAAAGCCA